AUGGUGAUGACAUCAUGGCCGUUUAAGGAUGAUAACAAUAUCUCUUUUUCAGACAUCUACGACGCCAUAGAAUAUGGGUUUGAGCUUUCAUGGUUCAAAACUCAGUGUGAAAAUUGCGAGUUGGGGUAUUGCUUCCAUCGGGGCGACAAUCAGAAAUUGUGCACAAGUUACUGCUCAUUUCUUGGAAUGAUUGUGCCAUUCAGUCCUGAGCUCCUCAUGUUAUCAACCAAGUGCGGCAGAUUCCAACAUGACUUAACUUGGAACAUGGGGAGUGAAACGUAUGCUAGCACUACAUCCCAAGUUCAACUCUCCUAA